AUGUGCUUACCAGCACACUGCAUCAGACAGCCCGCGGAUAUCCAGGCCGCUUUCGAUGCUGCUACCGACAACCACUGCUCUGAGAUUAUCCUGUUCGUAUGCGACCUUCCCUGUCUCGAUGCCAUCUGUGUGGCAACGCAAGAGAACUACGCCAAGCUGACUCCAUUGCGUCUUAAGGAGAUCAUUUUCACCAAGACAUCUGGAAGUGCCCGCAAUAUCACCUCUCCUUGUGUAGAUGGUGAAGGCAUCUACGCGCCAUCAAAGCGACAUGGCAAGCAAUUUACUUUCUGUCCCCAAGGACAGACCCGCAGUGCAAGUGCGAGACGUGUGGCGAUAUUCCGUUCUGCCUGUCCACCACUUGUGUUGCAGAGCAAUUGGAGACAGACCCCAACCCAGCAGAAUGGGUUGCUGCUGCACAAUGCUACCCAAUCUCCGGCCAGUCAGCGUGUGCACUUGGCUCCUUCCGAAAUAAAACCGGGGGCUGCAGCCCUUGUCUCUCAGCGGACAACUGCAAGAUAUCUGUCUGUACCGCACCUGGCAAUGUUAUAUGCUAUGAGUGCGAAGGAACCUACAUAA